AUGGAGCCCCCGCCGCCAUCCCCAUCCGUCUACCUCGACAUUCCUCCGUCGCCCUAUGGCGGCAGUGUCGGGGACCUGGUGCUCCCAUACAUCACUCGCAUUCUGAUGGAGGAGGACAUCGACGACAGGUUCUUCUACCAGUAUCCAGACCAUCUUCACCUCCUCCAGGCGCAGCAGCAAUUUGCCCAAAUUUUUGAUGAUGCCAAGAACUUACUGUCCGGCGAAGGCGGUGACAUGCAGGAGAUGCAUUCCGGUGUGUCUUUGAAGGGUAUUCGUGGAGGCAGCAUGUGCUUGGCUGACAAGGGCAUCCAGUGUUGGGCGUUCUCGGAUGGUGCUGAGGUGGACAAUAGUGGUGAUCAGAGCAAACUCAACCCCUCUAAUGAAGACAAAGACAUGCUUAACUUUGCAUUCUUGAAAGGCAUGGAGGAGGCCAACAAGUUCUUGCCUAGAGACAACGAACUGCAGGCUGAUGUCUUGAGCGUCGACCAAGCGAAAGAGACUUUUGGGCGAAGCAUUAGUGGUGGGGGACGGAAGGGUCGGUGUGAUGUGGACAAGCUGGAGGAAGUGGUGGGCAGGGCCAGCAAACUGAUGAUGCCGGAGCUGGAAGAGGAUGGCGCCCGCGAGAUGAUGGACAAAAUAAUGCUGAAUAGUUACGAACUAUGUGGGGAGACCAUGGAGAAGCUGCAAAUCACCAUGGAGAACAUGAGAGCUGAUAGCAAAAAUAAGAAGGCGGUGCGCGGGGGAAAGCAGGGAAAGAAAGAGGCGGUGGACCUGCGCGGGCUGUUGCUAUGCUGCGCACAGGAGGUGGCCACCGGCAACCGUCAUGGUGCGGCCAAUCUGCUGAAACAGAUCAGGCAACAUGCUUCGGCGACAGGAGAUGCGGCUCAGCGGCUGGCGCAUUGUUUCGGCAAGGGGCUUGAGGCCCGGUUGGCGGGCACUGGGAGCCAGGUGUACAAGUCACUCAUGGCGAAGCACACCUCGACCAUGGAGUUCCUCCAAGGUUACGAGCUGUUCAUGGCAGCCUGCUCCUUCAAAAGGGUGGCGUUCACAUUCUCCAGCAUGACCAUCUUCGAUGCUUUGGAAGGGAAGAGCAAGUUGCACAUUGUCGAUUAUGGCUUGCAUUAUGGGUGCCAGUGGCCGGGGCUGCUGGCUUGGCUGGCGACUAAGGAUGGCGGGCCACCGGAGGUGAGGAUCACCGGGAUUGACCUCCCGCAGCCCGGGUUCCGCCCGGCUAAGAGGCUCGAGGAGACAGGUCGGGCACUCAGCAACUGCGCCCUUCAGUUUGGCUUGCCGUUCAAGUUCCAUGGCAUCGUGGCCAAGUGGGAGACCAUCCGUGCCAAGGACCUCAACAUCGACCCUGACGAGGUUCUUGUGGUGAAUGACCUGUUCAAUUUCAACACCUUGAUGGACGAGAGCCUUGUUAUGGACAGACCCAGCCCCAGGGAUGUGGUCCUCAGCAACAUCCGGGAGAUGCAGCCGGAUGUGUUCAUCCAAGGUGUUGUGAAUGGUUCGAGCGGCCCAUUUUUCUUGGCACGGUUCCGGGAGGCGCUCUUCUUCUACUCAUCGGUGUUCGACAUGCUUGACGCCACCACGCCACCAGAGAGCUACCAGCGCCUCGUUCUCGAGCGGGACAUGUUCGGACAGUGUGCCCUGAAUACUAUCGCCUGCGAGAGUGCAGACCGGGUAGAGCGUCCUGAGACAUACAAACAGUGGCAGCUGAGAAACCAACGUGCAGGCCUCACACAGCUGCCACUGAAGCCGAUUAUCACUAAGGUGGCGACAGGCAAGGUCAAGAGCCUGUACCACAAGGAGUUUGUUGUGGAUGUGGAUCAGGGGUGGUUGCUGCAGGGCUGGAAGGGCCGCAUCCUAUAUGCUCACUCGGCGUGGGUGGCAGACCACACUAGCUCGGAUUAUUAG